AUGGAGUCUCUGUCCAACGAAGAAAUGGAUGUCCUUUUGGGAAUAGGCGAGUCUAUAGACAGCAUUAUAUCCCGCGGCAGCAUGGGAAAGUACAGCAGUGGAGUUGUGCGCGGAUAUUUUCCCUCUGACGAGUCCUGUGAUGUUUUGUCCAGCAAGUCGGUGAGGAGGUCUCUAAUGAAAAUACAAGAAACAGAUAAGGAUGCAUUCUGUGCUCUUUUUAAGGCAAAGGACCCCAUGGCGUGGUGA